AUGAGAAUGUUGCAAAAUAUUCGUUGGACCAUUCUAGGCAGGGGAAUAGAUGUCCUUACGAAACUUGAUUCUUCCGUCUCCGGGCUCCUUGAUGCAGACGCACUGAGACGGCUCGAGACGAACGGCGAGAAUUCCACUCUGGAAGCUUCGGUCCCCGGAUGGAAACAACUGGCGUCCGAGAGUAUUUUGAACAGCUACAACGCUUUGCUGAUUUUCCUCGCAAUAAUAUCGGUAGUCUUUCAAGAUCCUGAUUGGACACUUUUCGUAAUCAUCUUGAUUGUGGUACCGCUGGCUGCAAGCAUAAACUUUUUUCAGGAGUACAGAAGCGUAAAGGCGGCUCAAACCAUACCAGAAGAAGUGGCACCUGUCAAUGUUCGGCGGCAGUCUGUGGAGGCCGAGCCAAAAGAGAGGCUCAUAGACCCUCGGAAGUUGGUUCCCGGAGACGUGUUGAUCCUCAGUGCUGGCGAUGUCGUGCCCGCGGAUUGCAAAGUUCUGAAGUCUUUAAACCUGUGCGUCUCGCAAUCAAGCCUCACUGGGGAAAGUCAGCCGCAGCCUAAAGAUGACUGCUGUGGUGAUCUGAGUGGCCAUCAUCCUAAUGUUUUCGAUCUGCCAAACGUGCUAUUUUCUGGGUCGAAAGUCAUAUCAGGAAGUGGACUGGCUGUUGCUUUCACUACGGGCAAGAACACUUACAUUUCCGCUAUGGCCCAGGAGCUCAAUAGUCGACGAGCUCAAAAUUCGUUUCAAAAGAGCAUGAAUAAGAUUGUCUUCAUGAUGAUUGGGUUCAUGCUUAUCUCGUUUACUAUUGUUCUUGUUAUUAAAGGAUGUAAUACUGGCCACUGGAAAAAGUCCGUUAUGUUUGCUCUCAGCACGGCAGCAACGCUUGUACCGGAGAUGCUUCCUGCAAUGGUCACCGCAAACCUUUACCGGGGAAAGCAUAUUCUAUCCAAGAAGACUGUGAUUGUCCGUCACAUGGAAACUAUCCAAAGUUUAGGUUCUAUGACAAUACUAUGUAGCGACAAGACUGGUACAUUGACAAAAGAGGAUAUUGAACUCUCGCAAUCCUUGGAUCCCUCGGGUCAAGAGAGCACACAGGUCUUUGGCUUAGCACACACCAACGCCUUUUACCAAAGUGGCACAAAGAAUGCCAUUGAUUCUGCAAUCCUCGAUAACAGUGGUGUUGAUGAAAAGGGUGUUGAGAUGGCUACCAAAAUUGGCGAGAUUCCUUUUACUUUCGAAGCGAGACGAUCAAGCUGCAUCGUUCGAACAUACAUGGGUGGUUUGAAGCUUAUCUGCAAAGGUGCUUACGAGGAAGUCCUUGCUUUGUGCUCGGGGGUUCGAUUUAGAACUGGGAUUGAGACACUCAAUGAGCAAAACCGCCGCAGUCUGUUUGCUAAAGUUGACGCUCUCAAUGCGCAGGCCUUCCGAGUCAUUUUGAUUGCUUCAAAGGACCUCUCCGAGGCAGAAGUUGACACCGACGGUGACUUAGGUGGCCUUGACAAGGAUAUGGUAGUGGAAGGCCUUCUCACAUUCCUCGAUCCUUUGAAGGAUGACGCCAAAGAUUCUGUUCUGCGCCUACAGAACCUUGGCAUCGAUGUCAGAAUCCUCACUGGAGACAAUUUGAAAGUCGCCAUCAGUAUAGCCCGAAGCCUUGAUAUCGGUCAAGAGCUUGAAGAUGAGCCCUCCGCGAUCUGUGGUCCAAGACUGGCGGAGAUAACAGACCCCAAAGAGUGGAAUAGCACCAUCAAACGGUGUAAGAUAUUUGCAAAGCUUACCCCUGCACAGAAGGGAAAUGUCGUCGAAGCGCUGCAGGCUCAGGGGGAGGUUGUCGGAAUGGUCGGAGACGGAAUCAAUGAUUCUAUCGCUCUAAGUCGUGCCGAUGUAGGGAUUUCGGUCCAUUCGGGACAAGCUGUCGCCAAGCAAAGUGCCGAUAUCAUCUUGCAAGAGAAACGGCUUUCUACGAUCAUUGAUUCUGUCAUGGUUGGGAGAACCACGCAUGGAAAUAUAAUGAAAUACCUCAAGCUCAUCCUAGUUGCCAACUUUGGUAACAUAAUCUCGGUGGUUGCCGCUUCAGCUUGGUUUCCAUUCGACCCGAUCUCGCCUACACAGAUGGUUCUCCAAAAUCUACUCUACGACUUAGGACAAAUCGCUAUACCCUUCGAUGAUGUAGAUCAUGAGUAUCUUGCUAUACCUCGUCCACUGUCUAUCGGGGACCUAUCUAGAUUCGUUUUUUUGAUCGGUCCUAUCACGAGCACCGUCGAUAUCGCCACAUUCCUCCUCAACACCUACUACUAUGGCCUUGGACCUUCUAGCGACCACUCCCAGAUACAAAAAUUCCAGUGCAACUGGUUCGUCCUGGGCCUGCUGAGCCAGAUUCUGGUUGUCUACGUGACUCGCACCGCCAGAAUCCCCUUUCUCCAAGCUCACCCAUCACGGCCACUGGUUGUUAGCACUUUGCUGGUCUCUGUAAUCGGUUUCAUCAUCCCGUAUAUUCCCAAGCUCAACAAUGCCCUUGGGCUGGUCCCUCCGGAUGGAAGCUUUUUGGGUAUCCUGGCCGCCCUCUUGUUGUUGUACGCGAUGGUGACGCAACUCUUUAAGACUAUGUAUAUCAAGAUGUUCAAUCGUUGGCUGUAG